UUGUAACUUUUCACUCAAUUUUUGUUCAAACACUUUAAGAUUUUAUCGAAGAUAAGCCUCAAUUUUCAUGUUUAUAUAAAAUUCUGUUGUAAUUUUGUCGUUUUCAGUUGUAAAUUGGCGUUCGUGAUGAGUUUUACAAUAAUUUUCUACGUUUUUCUGUCAGUUUUUUUCAUUUCCGCAUCGAGUCGUGAAUGGUGGGAAAGUGCCAAUUACUAUCAAAUUUAUCCGAAAUCUUACGCGGAUGCCGAUAACGAUGGAAUUGGCGACAUUGCUGGAAUUAAAAGUAAAAUUCCGUACCUCAAAGAGCUCGGCAUGGACGCAAUUUGGUUGUCGCCCAUUUUUAACUCCUCCUGGAAAGAUGGCGGUUACGACAUUUCCAAUUUCACGAUGAUCGAUCCAUUAUUCGGGUCAAUGCAGGAUUUUGACGACCUCUUAGCGACUUGCAAGGCGAAUGGAAUAAGAUUUAUCCUUGAUUUCGUGCCAAAUCACUCCUCGAACGAGUGUGAGUGGUUUUUGAAGUCGGAACGCAGGGAAAUUGGCUACGAGGAUUUUUACGUUUGGCAUCCGGGGAAGGAGAAUCCCGAUGGAGGGAGAAAUUUGGAGCCCAGUAAUUGGCGAAGUGGGUUUCGGGGCAGCGCGUGGCAGUGGAGUGAGGUUCGCGGAGAGUAUUAUUAUCAUGAUUUUGGUGUGGCGCAGCCAGAUUUGAAUUAUCGGAGUGCGGCGGUGGUACAGGCGAUGAAAGAUGUUUUGAGAUUUUGGUUGGAUAAAGGUGUCGAUGGGUUUCGGGUGGAUGCGGUGCAACAUUUGUUUGAAAUUGAUGUUGGGCCGGAUGGGAAUUAUCCGGAUGAAGCUCUUUCGGGGAAUUGUCAGGAUGAUCCAGAUAGCUAUUGCUACACAAAUCACCUUUACAACCAAAACCAACCGGAAACGUACGACAUGGUCCAGCAAUGGCGCGAACUCUUAGACUCCUACACCGACUCCCCUCGUAUCAUGUUAACUGAAGCCUACACCACACUCGACAAUUUAAUGCUCUAUUACGGCACUUCAUCUCGCAAAGGCAGCCACAUCCCCUUUAAUUUCGAAGUCCUUCAAACAAUUAACGUCAAUUCAACGGCCAAACAGCUCAAAAUUGUCUCAGAAAACUACAUGAAUCACAUUCCAGCCGGUUUAAAGCCAAAUUGGGUACUCGGCAAUCACGAUCAACGUCGCAUAGCAACACGUUUAGGCGAAAAUCGCACCGAUUUGUACAACAUUUAUCUCCAAACGAUGCCCGGACACGCCAUUACAUAUCAAGGAGAGGAAAUUGGGAUGGAAGACGUUUACAUUUCGUGGGCUGAAACGCAAGAUCCUGCUGCGUGCAACACAAAUCCCGAGAUUUUCGAUCAAGUAUCACGAGAUCGUGCCAGAACUCCGAUGCAAUGGAAUAGCAGUGUGAAUGCCGGAUUUAAUGCGGGAGCGAAAACCUGGCUGCCUGUCGGAACGAAUUACAAAGAAGUAAAUGUCGCUAAACAAAAUGCCGAUGAGAGGAGUCAUCAUAAAAUUUUUCGAAAAUUAGUCCAACUUCACAAGAAAUCAGCGUUCCGGGAUGGAAUUUACGAAGGUGGCAGCAAUUUAGAUGAAAAUAUUUACACCUACAUUCGGUCGGAUGACAAGGAAACGUAUUUGGUGGCACUUAAUUUCGCAAAAAUCGAAAAAGUUGUGAAUUUUUCUACGAAUUUUCGUGAUUUGAAACCCGAUGGACAGGUCGUUGUUGCUUCGUUGAGCUCAAUUUUGCAGGAAAAGGCAUCCAUAAAAACGCAUGAAAAUGUGGUCCUGAGUGCCGAAUCUGGAAUUGUAGUGAAGAUAAAUGCAGCUCCGUGUAUUUUUCUGAGCAUUUUAACUCUUUUGGCGGCAAUUUUCGUUCAUUUUAUCAACAAUUUAUGAUCUUGACGUAAAAUAAACAAAGGAAAUACCUUUCAAGAGGACUCCUUCAGAAGCGUGA